AUGGCCUCCGAUAUGAAGGCGACGGUCGAGCCCACCAAGAAGGGUUUCUCCGUCUGUGGCUACGAGAAGAUUGAGUACGACUUUGAGUUCCUUGAUGGCGUUUUCCACAAGGAGAACCGUCAGCUGGCUGACUGCUACUCCCGCUGGAAGCGCUGUCUGGCCGUCAUGGAUCUGAACAUCUUCAACCUCUAUGGCAAGGAGAUGCAGGAGUACUUUGAGCACUACGACAUUGAGCUAAAGAUCCACAAGACCAUGAUUGGAGAGAAGGCCAAGUCCAUGGAGACGCUGCUGAGCAUCGUCGACUCCAUGACCGAGUUUGGCGUCUACCGCAAGGAACCUGUCCUUGUUGUCGGAGGUGGCCUGGUUACUGACGUUGCCGGCUUUGCAUGCGCUGCCUACCGCCGCAACACCCCCUAUAUCCGCGUUCCCACAACCGUCAUUGGCCUCAUUGAUGCCUCUGUCUCCAUUAAGGUUGCCGUCAACUACGGCAACUACAAGAACCGCCUGGGUGCCUAUCACGCACCCUCCCACACCUUCCUUGACUUCUCUUUCCUGCGCACCCUUCCCACAGCCCAAAUCCGCAAUGGCUUUGCUGAGCUGAUUAAAAUCUCCACCUGCGCACAUCUCGAGACUUUCGACCUGCUCGAUCGCUUCUGCGAGGAGCUGAUUAACACUGGCUUCGGUCGAUGUGAUGGCGCCAGCCAGGAGGUCCGCGAGGCGGCCGACAAGAUCAACCGCAGUGGUAUCUACGAGAUGUUGAAGCUCGAAACGCCCAACUUGCACGAGAUUAUGCUUGACCGCGUUAUCGCCUACGGCCACACAUGGUCCCCCCUCCACGAACUUGUUCCAGAAGUCCCUCUUCGCCAUGGUCACGCCAUUUCCAUUGACAUGGCCUACUCCGCAACACUCGCCCACAUUCUCGGCAAGCUCUCCUCCGAGGAGCACCGCCGUCUACUCAACCUGUUCUCUCGCGCUGGCCUCUCAAUGGAUCAUCCGCAAUUCGAUGAGGCUAUCCUCGACAAGGGAACCGCUGCUAUCUUGAAGACGCGUGAUGGCAAGCUGCGCGCCGCCAUCCCUUCACCACUGGGUCAAUGUGAGUUCCUGAACGAUGUGUCCUACGAGGAUAUGUGCGCCGCCCUGAAGGUCCACAAGGACUUGAUGAAGGAGUAUCCUCGCCAGGGAGCAGGUAUCGAGGCUUUUGUCGAUGCCAGCGAUACCGGUUACACUCUCAAUGGAUGCUGUGAGGAGAAUGAGCAGCGAGCGGACGUGGACGGCGCCGAGAAAUCUGUCAUGAACGACGAUACCAUCUCCGAGGGCGGUUCAUCUACCGCCGGCUCUUCUUCCUCGAGUCCCGAGUACGGACUGUCCAAUGGCAAGAACUUGGACCAGAAGAGAGCUACGUAUGCUGCGGCUGGACCCGAUGCAUUCAACAAGCUCAACGAGGAGAAGGUUGGAUAUGACAAGGUUCAUGUCGAGGAGCUUGUUAUCAACAGCUCCGCAUAA